CAUUACUGAAUGGCCGAGUUAGUGUGAUUGUCCCCAGCAGUCCCUCGUGUUUCUGGGCAGUCAGGUGCUUCUGUUUGUAUUUUCUAAACAUUCCUAUACCCCUCGUCUGACGACUGCAGCUGGUCGCUUGUGUUUGUUUUUUGUUUUUUUAAGUGCUGCUUGAAUUGAAUACAUUAUUCCUGCUGCCUUACAAAAAGCAGGUAGGGCACUUUACUAGUUAACGCGCUGAAAAGGCACAUGUCUGCCAAAUCAAGAUAAUAAAUGCAUACUGUCAUUCAUUAAACUCACCCAUCGCCAGUCUGGGAAGCUUUGCAAAUCCCUAUCAAGACAGAUGAUAUACAUGGAUAUGUCCUCCAGCAAAACCAUACAGGUGCCCACAUUUGAUUUUACAUCGGAAGACUGCCAGGGAGCAUGUGCGCUGGACGAGAACGAAGUCGAGAAUGCAGGAGCGAGCGAGGAGGAGGAGGAAGAGGAGGAUGAGGAGGAGGAGGAGGAGGAGAACGACUCGGACAGCAGCUCUUGCAGGACCUCCAAUAGCAGUCAAACUCUGUCCACAUGCCACAUUAUGGAGACGUGUGCCCCAGACGAAUACUUCCAGGCUCUGAACCAUGCGGAGCAGACCUUUAAGAAGAUGGAAAACUAUCUGAGGCACAAGCAGCUGUGUGACGUGGUGCUGGUGGCAGGGGACCGCAAGAUUCCAGCUCACAGGUUGGUUCUUUCCUCGGUUUCUGACUACUUUGCUGCCAUGUUUACCAAUGAUUUGCGGGAGGCAAAGCAAGAAGAAAUCAAGAUGGAAGGUGUGGAUCCAAACGCACUGUGGGCUCUGGUGCAGUAUGCGUACACAGGUCAUCUGGAGCUUAAAGAAGACAACAUUGAGAGCUUGCUGUCUACAGCCUGCCUUUUUCAGCUGUCCCAGGUUGUGGAGGCCUGCUGCCGGUUCCUGAUGAAGCAGCUCCACCCCUCCAACUGCCUGGGAAUCCGUUCCUUUGCUGAUGCACAGGGCUGCACAGACCUGCACAAAGUGGCUCACAGUUAUACCCUUGAGAAUUUCUUGGAAGUGAUAAAAAACCAGGAGUUCCUCUUGCUGCCGGCCAGCGAGAUUGUGAAAUUGCUGGGAUCUGACGAUAUGAACAUUCCCAGUGAAGAGACCAUUCUGAAUGCCCUGCUGAGCUGGGUGCAGCACAAAAUGGAAAGCAGACAGAAAGAGCUCCCCAAACUCCUGCCUUUCAUCAGACUGCCCCUGCUGGCUCCACAGUUUCUGGCAGACAUGGAGAACAACAGCCUAUUCAGGGAUGACAUUGAGUGUCAUAAACUCAUCAUGGAGGCCAUGAAAUACCAUCUUCUGCCGGAGCGCCGGUCCCUGCUGCAGAGCCCCAGGACUAAGCCCAGGAAAUCCACGGUGGGGAUGAUGUUUGCGGUUGGAGGCAUGGAUGCAACUAAAGGUGCUACAAGUAUUGAAAAGUACGACCUUCGCACUAAUACGUGGACUCGCGUGGCAAACAUGAACGGGCGACGGCUGCAGUUUGGAGUGGCAGUGUUGGAAGAGAAGCUGUAUGUCGUUGGAGGGCGAGAUGGACUGAAAACACUCAACACAGUGGAGUGCUACAAUCCGAAGACCAAAACCUGGAGCGUGAUGCCACCUAUGUCGACACACAGACACGGGCUUGGUGUGGCUGUGUUGGAGGGUCCCAUGUAUGCUGUAGGAGGGCACGAUGGCUGGAGUUACCUGAACACAGUGGAGAGGUGGGACCCCCAGGCUCGGCAGUGGAGUUUUGUGGCCAGCAUGUCUACACCAAGAAGCACUGUCGGGGUGGCCAUCCUCAAUGGAAAGGUGUACGCUGUUGGAGGUCGCGAUGGGAGCUCUUGUCUCAAGUCUGUGGAGUGUUUUGAUCCCCACACAAACAAAUGGAUCCCCUGUGCACAGAUGGCAAAGAGGAGAGGUGGUGUAGGAGUAGCCACCUGGAAUGGGCUUCUUUAUGCUAUUGGUGGGCAUGAUGCACCAGCUUCUAGCCUGGCAUCAAGGCUUUCUGACUGCGUGGAGAGAUAUGAUCCCAAAACUGACAUGUGGACAGCAGUAGCCCCUAUGAGCAUCAGCAGAGAUGCAGUGGGUGUGUGCCUGUUGGGUGAUCGUCUGUAUGCCGUCGGGGGCUAUGAUGGACAAGUAUAUCUAAAUGCUGUUGAAGCCUAUGAUCCUCAGACUAACGAGUGGACACAGGUUGCACCGUUGUGCCUUGGAAGGGCUGGAGCCUGUGUUGUUGCAGUAAAAAUAUAAGCUGUGUACUAUGGUUUUGUAAUGUAAUAUCCUAUUGACUGCAUUUCACCUCAGUGCAAUUUAUUUUUGUGUUGUUCCCCCCCUCUCCCCAAGAACUAAGGCAUUCUCCUAAAAAAAGAGAGAUUACUAAGAAAAAAAAUCCAGUAUAUUACCAAGGAAUGCAUAUUUAAAUCAGAUAUUUAUUUGAACUAUUGAGCAUAAACAAUAUGUAAUUACUGUACUGUAUCUGAACCUUCAUAAAUGUGUCAUAUAUGUGCAUUAUAUAAUUGAGUUUGAAACCCCACACAGCUUAAAAGCUCAGUGUGCUGGUAAUACAAUGUACUUGAUAUUUAUGUCAUGGUUAUUUUGUUUUUUAAUGGUUCUUUAUAUGGUUUACAAAGCUAUAGUGAUCAAAGCUAGUUGUCGGUGCACAGUAAAUAUAGAAUCGGAUGAGCGUUUUAAUUGAAUCCGAUUUGUAAUGUUGGCCACCAGAUAUCUUGGCAAGUUAUUUUGCUGUCUAAGUAGCCAUAAAAGAAGUAUGUUUUUUCUGUUGCUGUGAUUCUAUCAUAUUAGAGUCCUACCAGCUAAACAAUUAAAAAAAAGAUUUGCAAUAGAAACGAAAAAGAUCUAAAUUAUUUUCCUGUUGACAGGAUACAAAUCACUUUUCAUUUACAUUCCCUCCCUUUGGCUUUAAUAUAAACGUGAUAGCUGUAGAAAGGAUUUCAUUUUCAGCGCUGGAAGUGAUGUACUGUAUCAUAGUGAUCUGAGAUGCACAUCUAACUGAAAUCAAUGCAUGGACCAAGGAAAACAGAUGUUAUGUUCUCUCUAUACUUCCUUAGUAACAUUGGUGUGUAGCCAUUAUUUUCUUUGUCUGCACUUUUUUGUUUAAUGCCACAAAAAUGUUGGUUCAACCAAAAUAGUGUUAGAAUUGUUAUAUUACUGUUAGGAGCUUUUGAUAAAAUACUCUGUGUCUUAAAAGAGGAUUUGCCAAGUUGAUGUACAGUAGAAGGUCUAAGAAAUAUAGCAACAAAAAGAUGUCUAGAUAGUUUUUUCUGGUUCUAUUUCUGUAGUUUUCCAUUGUUCUUGUGUGUAUCUUUGAUUGGUAACUUAAAUGCUGAAUUACAUUCUAACAUUGAAUUGCAACACAUAUUUGAUAGUUUCCUGAAAGGAGUAUUCUAUUAAAUUUGACCAAAUUAUUAUUAACGAAGCCCUUCUGGCGAUUUUUACUGUACAAUGUACACUUAGGCACACUUACUCGAAAGUAAUGUUUACUCAAAGAAAAGGAGACACAGUGAUAUAUAGUUAAAAUUCCUUGUAAUAGAACAAUAUAUACAUCGAUAACAAUAAUCCAAUAAAAUGAUCCGCUCAUUAUCACACAAAGCAAAUAUUCAGUGCACAGUGCAAUAGAGUAGAAGCUGAGCUUGCCCUGUACAUACAUACAAACACACA